GAGUUUUUAUUUUUCCUCAAUCAGCAUCGAGUUUGUGAUUGCAUUCCAAAACCCAAUUCUCUGGUCUAUAAUGGCGAAAUCGGCGUCGAGUUCUGUGAUGCAGACCCUGAAGCGCUUCAUCAAGAAGCCAUGGGAGAUCACAGGCCCGUGCGCGGACCCCGAGUACAAAUCGGCAUUGCCGUUGGCGGUGGAGUACCGCGUGUUCUGCCCGGCCACCACCAAGGAGAAGCCCAUCAUCCCCUCCUCCCUCCCCGAAACCGUCUACGACAUCAAGUACUUCACGCGCGACCAGCGCCGCAACCGCCCUCCCAUCCGCCGCACCAUUCUCAAGAAAUCCGACAUCGAGAAACUCGCCAAGGAGCAGACCUUCGCCGUCUCCGAUUUUCCCCCCGUUUAUCUCAACUCCACCGUCGAGGAGGACAUCAAUGCUCGCGGCGGCGGCUACGAGAACUGACAGGUUUGUGCUAUCGUGGGAUGACAUUGGCCCAGUCAACUUUCUGUUUUUUGUCGAUGGAAAGGUCUGAAUAGUCUUUGGCACAGACCUGUAAUGACCGUCCAUUUUAAAGAGGUGUGUAAACAUUUUAUAUCAAUAAAGUGUAGCUGUGGCUGGAGUUAAGUUUAACUUUGUUUACUUGUUUGUGAAUGUGGGAUCAAAAAGUAAAUUGAUUCAAUGACUUGAUAAUGGCUAAAUUGAAUACUUCCCCUCCCUAAUAUUUCCCUGUUCAUUUU